CUUUUAAAAGUUUUUAGAAGGUGAGAACGUAUUUUAGGUAGUAAAAUCCUACAGGAGAUGCACUAUAUGCAUUGAGGACUUCAUUGCAUGCGUCAGCCAAUCAGUUGACAGAUUGGAAUCAAAAUCAAGUUAACCCAUGCACUUGGUCAAAUGUUAUUUGUGAUAGUAACAAUUAUGUAAAAUCUGUAACAUUAUCAUCCAUGAACUUUUCUGGAACCUUGUCCCCUAGAGUAGGAAUUCUGAAGACUCUUACAACACUUACACUGAAAGGAAGUGGUAUAACUGGUGAGAUACCAGAAGAAUUUGGAAACUUGUCAAGUUUGACCAGCUUGGAUUUGGAAAAUAAUCAUUUAAGUGGUGAAAUACCACCUUCCCUUGGUAACCUUCAAAAGCUUCAGUUCUUUACGUUAAGUCAAAACAAUCUUACUGGGGCAAUCCCUCAGUCACUUUCUGGUCUUCCAAACUUGAUCAAUCUUUUCACAGGAAACAGCUUAAAUUGUGUUGAAAAUUCUUUACACCCCUGUGUAUCUGUGAAUGAUUCAGGUGGUUCUCGAAAGCCCAGGAUUGGAAUUAUUGUUGGAACUAUUGGACUUGAAAUUCUGGUUCUUUUGGGUAGCUUACUAUUCUUCCUGUGGAGGGGUAGACGGAAAGGCUACAAACGCGAAGUAUUUGUGAAUGUUGCUGCUCAUCAUGUGGAUGGUGACAUGCAUUGUAAAGUGAAAGUUGACAGAAGAAUUACUUUUGGUCAACUGAAAAGGUUUGCAUGGAGGGAAUUACAGUUGGCUACAGACAAUUUCAGUGAAAAGAAUAUCCUUGGACAGGGUGGUUUUGGAAAGGUUUAUAAAGGAGUUCUUGCUGAUAGCACAAAAGUAGACGAUUUAUUGAUUUUGAAAGUCCUGGUGGAGAUGCAGCUUUCCAACGUGAAAAAAAGAAUAGCCUUAGGUGCAGCACGUGGGCUAGAAUACCUGCAUGAACAUUGCAAUCCUAAGAUCAUCCAUCCGGAUGUGAAGGCAGCUAAUGUAUUGUUGGAUGAAGACUUUGAAUCAGUUGUUGGUGACUUUGGCCUAGCAAAGUUGGUGGAUGUGAGACGGACUAAUGUGACAACCCAAGUUCGUGGGACAAUGGGCCAUAUAGCACCUGAAUACUUGUCCACUGGAAAGUCAUCAGAAAGAACAAAUGUCUUUGGUUAUGGGAUUAUGCUUCUGGAGGUUGUAACUGGUCAACGUGCAAUUGACUUUUCACGCUUGGAAGAAGAAGAUGAUGUCUUACUGCUUGAUCAUGUAAGAUAACUAUGAAACAUUACUCUCUUGGUUUUUGCAAGUCAGUUUAUCUUUUUCCUUUGUUCCGAGAUGCUUGUAUGGCUCUAUGGCGUUCAUUCCUUCUCAUGUGCUCUAAGAAACCUUAUCAUGUUUACACUUUAAAUCGGCCUUCAUAUCUUUUUGUACU